ACACGCGAACAAACAAACAACUCCACACAACCGCGCCUAGUAGAUAUCGCAAGCGGGCAAUUUGUCCUGCUCUGAGCUUUUCCUCUUCGGCCUACUAAACGCGUUAAACCUGUACGCGUUCAACGGCAACAUCCCAACACAGCUGUCACCUGCUCAACACGCUAGCGACAUAGCUACCACCAAAAUGGGUGUAUAUCGCGUCGAGGCGUCGCCAAACAACCGUGCUGGCUGCCACACCAAGGCUUGCAAGGAUGCUGGAGUGAAGAUCACCAAGGGCGAGCUUCGCUAUGCCAUUCAAGUCACUAUCCAAGAGCACCAGAGCUGGCAGUACCGACACUGGGGUUGCGUAACGCCCAAGCAGAUUGAGAAUCUGCUUGAGACUUGCGGUGGUGACACCGACCUAGUCGACGGCUACGAUGAUCUUCCUGCAGAAUAUCAAGAGAAGAUCAAGUUUGCGCUGGAGAACGGACACGUGGCUGACGAAGACUGGAAGGGUGAUCUGGAGUUGAAUCGACCAGGCAAGUCGGGUAUCAAGAAGCGCACCCCCAAGAAGAAGGCGGCCAAGAAAGAUGCCGAGGACGAUGAGGUUGCCGAAGAGAAGCCCAACAAUAAGCGCGCCCGCAAGACGAAGGCCGAGGACGAGGAUGAGCAGGAGAAGUCCCCAGCCCCCAAGAAGCGAGGUCGACCUGUUAAGAAGGUGGCAGAGGAGAAGCUGAGCGACGAAGAAGCAGCUCCUCCGCCAAAGAAAGCUAGAGGCCGUGCCAAGAAGGUCGAGUACAAGGAGGAGAGCGACGACGAGGAAGCUCCCCCGCCAAAGAAGGCGAAGGCGAAGCCUAGAGGCAAGAAGGCUGCGAUCAAGGACGAGGACGUGGCAGAGAAUAGCGAUGCAGCAGUGGAAGAGGAAGAAGAGCCCCCAAAGCCGAAGCGCGGCAAGAAGAAGGCUACUGCUUCCACUGUUGCUGCGGGCAAUGUCCCGCAGAAGAGGGGCAGGAAGAAGAAGGCUGCCGCCGCCGACGAGUAAUGUGAGGACACCAGCUGCUUUGGCUGUCAUCGAAGCCUUGGCCUGUCUUCUCACAACUCCCUUACGACGACGUUUCAUUCUCUAUCUAGAUAGUCUACGAUGGGGCGCUAAAUGCUGUGUUCGCGAUUGAACAUUGCAAUACAUAGCGUCGCUAGCUGUCGACCUUUCAUUUUCAAGUAUGUAUUAUAGAUACCCAGCGGCGCUGGUGACUUCUUAGUAGUCGAAAUAUGUGACACUCAAAUACCAGCUACUUCGGGCUGAAGGCCCUCACUACA